CGCGCGCAACAAGCCGUCGAUCGUCGAGAGCCUGCAGGUUGAUCGAGCACGGCGACCGGCGCCACCGUCUCCGCUCUUCGCUCGAACCGCGCGCCGCCGCCUGCCGCCGCUGCAAGAUCCAUGGCCGCGACCCCUGGCAGCAGCUCCCCGCUCCUCCCGGCGCUGGCCCUCGCCGUCGCCGGCACCUUCUUCUUCCUGCUUGUCGUUCCCGCCGUCGUGGCCGCCGGCGAGGCGGCCGCGGCGGCGCCGGGGCCACUGGAGUUCCACGUCGGCGGGCCGCGCGGGUGGCGCGUCCCGGACGGCAACACCAGCUACGGCUGGUGGGCCAUGAACAACCGCUUCCGCGUCGGCGACCGCCUCUACUUCAGGUACGCCAACGACUCGGUGCUGCUGGUGGAGCGGCCGGCCUUCGACGCCUGUGACACGGCGGCGCCGCUCGCCGCGUUCGCCGACGGCGCCACCACGUUCCUCCUCGACCGCCCGGGCUUCUUCUGCUUCAUCAGCGGCGCGCCGGGACACUGCGAGGAGGGCCAGAAGCUCAUCGUGCGCGUCAUGGUGCACCCGGCCAUGGACGCGCCCGGCCCGGCCUCCGCUCCAGGGACGUCGGCACAGCCCGGCCACGGCGGCGGCCGCCCCGGGCCGUCGGGAGGAUGGCCCGGCGCGACCUCCGGCGCUGGCACGGACGUUGCCGCUGCCGCUGGCGUCGCCGUCGCUGCGGCGCUGGGUGUCCUUGCCAGCCUCGUCCUGAUGAUGCUCCAGUGAUCAGCAGUUUGUAGCGUGUGCAUGUGCGAUCUCGCGUCUAGUAAUUUGUUAGGUUAAUCUGCCUGUUUUAUCUCUGCUUGGGUUCUUGUCAUUUUUUACAUAAUUAUUCAUGACUCGUCUAGUUACUAGUGUGUUGGUAUUGUGUCGUGUGAAGACAAUUUGCUACCGUAGUUUUAUUGAUUAGUCGUGUGUUGUUUAAUUCCUAUGUAAUGUGAUCUGCUGAUCUAUGUGCUAUGUUAUUGGACUUACCAUGUGA